AUGCAUCAGCUCAUUCCUGAAAUAAGUUUUUCUGACCCGAGCUCCUUAUUUGGAGGGCUGAGACAAUACACUUCCUUUAGUGAACAGAAAAGAUUGGCAAAGCAAGCGCAGAAGGAAAAAGAAAGAUUAGAGAAAGAAGCAAAGAAAAAUGCUGACGCUAGCCAAGCGGGAAAAUCUGAAAAGGUUAUAACGUUAGCUACCUCUUCGAUGGCUUCUUGUCUUCAUGAAUUAUUACAGCAUGCCAAAGAGGCAGAUCCAUCAGAUCCUCAAGAAUACUUUAACAUGCGUGUUGGUAUGAUAAAUAGCCGAAGAGCAGCCGGCGAAAACCCGUUUCCCCAUAAGUUCAACGUCACUAUAUCGAUUGCUGCUUUUAUCGAGAAAUAUGAGCACUUAAAGAACGAGGAAGUUUUGAAUGAUGUGCGAGUUAGCAUUGCCGGACGUAUAUAUUCGAAACGUGAAUCGGGCAAGAACCUUGUUUUCUACGAUGUGCAUAGUGGCGGUACUCGUUUACAGGUUAUGGCAAAUGCUAGAUACCAUGCUGCUGGUGCAGAAGACUUCAGCAAAGUUCACGAAAGGAUCAGACGUGGAGAUAUAGUCGGCUUCAUUGGACAUCCAACUAGGAGUAAAACCGGAGAGCUGUCAUUGCUGCCCACUGAAGUAGAGCAGCUUACCCCUUGCUUACGCAUGCUCCCACAUACCCAUUAUGGCCUGAAAGAUAAAGAGCUGAGGCAAGUAUCAGUCGUCUUCAAUAUCAUCACUUCCAAAUUUUUCAACACUACUUUUGAUGGUUUUUCUUAUUUAUCAAUUUCAAAUGUUUUACUUUCCAGGUAUCGUAUGCGUUACCUAGAUCUUAUCAUCAACCCUGAAGUGAAGGAUAAGUUUGUUGUUCGAAGUAAACUCAUUACUUUCUUGCGUAGAUAUCUUGACAAUUUGGGAUUCUUGGAGGUCGAAACCCCAAUAAUGAACCAAAUUGCUGGUGGCGCCACUGCGAAACCGUUUGUCACGCAUCACAAUGAACUUGACAUG